GACAAAAAACGACGUCGACGCCGACGACGAGUAAUCUUCUAAAGAUAAAACUCUCGCACAGUGCGUCGUUGAAUUUUCCGAGUAUCAUUUUUAGUCCGAUUUGAGUUUCCGUGUCGAGUUGAAAAACAUUUUCUAGCUCUGCGUUUAAUUUUUUUCUUUAAUUUUUUUAUUAUUUCUUUUGCGUUUUUAUCUUUUUUCCGUUAAUUUCUUUCAUUUGAGUGUCUAUUUUGUCAAUCUCUUCAUAAUUUCUUCCCGUGUUUAUUCAACCUUCCCAUUUCCUAACCGUUCGCGAAUAUUUGUUCACUGAAACAGUGUGGAAAAUUUGAUGAAAAUCAACGGUGAAAGGUGACAACGUGCGCUAAGGGGAGAAAAAGGGGAUCAUUUCGUGUUAAUUUCUACUAUCUCAAUUGGUAGUUUAUCGAUUUUUCCGCGCUCCAGCGACACUGCUGAAAAAGGUGGAAUUUGUGCAGUGCAGAAUAUUGCAAUUGUGCUGAAGAUAGGGAUCAAAGUGAAAACAAUAGCUUAAUUCAAUAUAUGCACACGAUUCGGUAAUCAUCGACAUUAUUUAACGCAAAAGGAUCGUGCAUAAUUAAUGGACAAUUCAGUAGAAAUUGCGCCGUAUCUUUGAAUGGAUAAUUGAGAGCGUGGCAAAAAGAAUUCCGUGGAAAUUUGAAGAGGGUUUUUUUUAUGAGAUAAACACUUUCCAGCACCCUUAAACUAUUUUUAAGGAAGUGAUCUUGCGCAAUCACAGAGACAAAGAUACCAGGAAGCUCCAGGAAGAGGAGAGAGAGAGGAAAUAGGUUGCAGAGGAAAGAGUUUGGAAACAGUAUUAUUGAUUUAAUUGUGCAGUUGAGGCGGGACAUGACGAACGGUAUGAUUGAGUCUAAUAGUGGUCAGCAACAGAAUGGCAGUGGCAGCAGCAAUGGUGGCGGUGGAAGCCAGGAGGAGUCCAAAACUAAUUUAAUUGUCAACUAUUUGCCCCAAAACAUGACCCAGGAGGAGAUCCGCUCGCUCUUCUCCAGCAUUGGUGAGGUGGAGAGCUGCAAAUUGAUUCGCGACAAAGUCACAGGACAAAGUUUGGGGUAUGGCUUUGUGAACUACCAUCAGAAGGACGAUGCAGAAAAGGCCAUCAACACACUCAAUGGACUGCGUCUGCAGAACAAGACCAUUAAGGUGUCAUUUGCUCGGCCUAGUUCAGAGGCCAUCAAAGGUGCCAACUUGUACGUGUCGGGCUUGCCGAAGAAUCUAACCCAGGGUGAAUUGGAGGCCAUGUUCAGUCCAUUUGGCCGCAUCAUCACAUCACGCAUUCUCUGUGACAAUAUUUCAGAAUGGCUAUUUGUCACUUCAGGUGGAACGAGUAUGCCGGGCGUGGGCUUUAUUCGCUUUGAUCAGCGCAUCGAGGCCGAGCGGGCCAUCAAGGAGCUCAACGGGACCGUGCCGAAGAACGCCACGGAUCCCAUCACCGUCAAGUUCGCCAACAACCCGAGCAGCAACAAGUCCUUGCCACCCUUCGCUGCCUAUUUGGGGCCACAGGCCGCGGCAGCAGCUCGACGCUUUCCCGGCCCGGUUCAUCAUGCCACCGGACGCUUUAGAUUCUCGCCGCUGACUGGUGAUUUAUUGGCCAACACUGUGAUGCCUGGCAGUGCAAUAAAUGGAUCUGGCUGGUGUAUCUUCGUGUACAAUCUGGCCCCGGAAACUGAGGAGAAUGUUUUGUGGCAACUAUUUGGACCAUUUGGUGCUGUACAGUCUGUAAAGGUUAUUCGGGAUCUGCAGACAAAUAAAUGCAAGGGAUUUGGUUUCGUCACCAUGACCGUGUACGACGAGGCCCUGUUUGCCAUUCAAGGGCUCAACGGAUACACAUUGGGAAAUCGUAUACUGCAAGUUAGUUUUAAGACAAACAAGACCAAAACUACGUAAAAGGAAUUUUUUCCUCCUUUUCGCGAUUUUGAGUGGAGAUUGACUAAAAGUUUUUGUUAAUCAUUUGGAGAAUUGAUUUUGCCUCUUUUCAAUGCAUAAACUUAUUUUUCUUUUGAAUUGUCUGGAGAGCUUAUGAAAUGAGCUUUUCCAUAUUAUUUUCAGAGAGUACAAAAUCUCUGUUAGAUACUUUAUUUAUAUGUAUAGAAAAUUGCACUAUGUAUUCUUGUAUCUUUAUUGCAAAUUAUAUAUUUUUUUCGUCUUACAAUGUGAUUACAAAAUCGCAUUUAAAAUUCUAUGGAGAAGGAGAAAAUUGUAGACCAUAAGCUAUAUAAUGUCAGAAAAAUUUUUCGAUACAAUUUACAGUUUAAACUUAUGCGUAAAAAAAAUUAGAGGAAGGAAAAUAUUAUGAUAAAUGUCUAUUUGCAAAUAUUAUACAAAUUUAUUGAUGAGUGAAACUAGUCCAGUAGCGUGUUUACUGUUUUGAUUUUUAGCUAAAAUUUUCGAUUCAUUUUGCAUUAAUCUAAUUUCACAUUUUCUCGAGGAAUAAUUUCACUAUUUUCUGUAAUAUUCUCUAAUAUUUAUCUAUGAUUUUGGAGUUUAUAAUAGGUUAAACAUAUGGCAUGUGGCUAUUAUUCUUUUUGUUAUAUUUUUUAUAUAAAAUCACUUGUGUGGACAUUAAAUAUUAUCUUUUACCUUA